AUGGCACACAACCAAAACAGAAACGCAAAGGGCCAGAAAAUUCCCCGAGCCCGGCGACAGGCUGCUCAUCGCCCGAAACGUGACGGAUACGCAAACAAUCAGCGUCAGGCCCAACAGGCUUCCUCUUUCCCCCGCCGGGCCCAGAUUGACCCUCCCAGCCAUGAGAUAAACAUGCGAGUUGGGGUGUUGAACCAACCGGACCUGACUCCGAUCCUUCGCGAACAGCCUGGCAGGAUCCGGGAACAGUGGAUAGAGUACCCCAUGCAGACCACGGAGAAUGCAUCGCCUCUUUUUGUCCCGAAAACCCCAACCUCGGCUUUCAACACACAUAUCGAGCACAUUUCGCAAGAAGCUUCAGACCGUCGCAGAAGCCCUCCGUCCCUCGGUGCUGCCAUCCAGCACCUGACUCAGAUAGCUCAUAACAAUGACGACAACGCAAACAUCGCAGCUCAUCUCGAGGAGAACAGCACUGCCCAGAGAACUUUUGGAGAUCACAGUGUUCAUGGAGAAUCUUGUUCGUGGGUCGAUACUGCGGUCACGGUUAUCACCCAGGGUUACGAAGACGAAAUGGAACAUCGGAAGACGAUACACAUUAUGAGGACGUUCAUCGACGCAAUGCAGAUCACUCAUAACGCCCUUCUUGUCCGAUCUCCUUACCAAAAUGCCAUUCAGGUUGUGCAGGCGAUGAUCGAGCAGAAUGCGAGUGACCAGGGAGGGAAGGCAUUUGUUGAAUCCGAGCUUGAGGCAACCUUGCGCAGACUUCAGAACAGUUAG